UGACAAAGUCAGGGCACUUAAUCCGUAUCUUAAUUUUUUUCCAAGGAGUCAGCUUUGUGAGAGGAAAACGAACAAUUCCAAGGCGUAUUGAAUUAUAUAAUAAAAUUGUAGAUAUAUAUGUUCAAUUGAGGAGGGCGUGUCUUUUUUAUGCUUGAGUAUGGACGCCGGUAAGCCCCAUUAUGGACUUGUUAUAUGGAAACUGUUGAAGGCUUCAAUUCCUUUCAUCGUUAUAUUCGCCGUUAUUUUUGGGUUUUUCAAAUCUUACGGAACUGGAAGUGUCUAUAAUAUUCAACUUCGCGUUCAGGAGAAGCCUUUUAUUUAUGAAGAAUGGGGAGACGAUGCAUUAUCGUAUGCUACCGACCGUAAUAUAAAUUCUUACACAAAAGUGAAUUGUGUUAAUAAAAUAGACCAAGGCGGAGAAUGCGAGAACCUUCAUCUUCACGAAGCUCAUACCGGGUCCGAUUUUCUUGAAGGUCACGGUCACGACCCGACGGCCAAGAUAAUAAAAGAAUGGAAUUAUAAAAUCCCAAGAGUUAUUCAUACAUUUGUAACGGAUGAUAACAUGUACUUAUCUCAGUUUACAGAAUUCGAAGUCGACAUCCGUUACAGACAUCCUGACUGGGAAUAUGUGAAAUGGUCGGAAGAGCAUUUAGAAAGAUUGAUCCAAAGCAAUUUCCCUUCUUUUUUGAAAUCAUGGAGAAUGCUUAAUCGCCCAGCUAGAGCACAAUGGGCAACAUUGAUGGGGCUUUACGAGUAUGGAGGUUUAUGGAUUUCUCGUUCCUUUCAGGCUUUAAAGAAUUUUGAUCAUGCUAUUCAAGUCGCUGAAAGAUCUGCUUUACUGAAUUCUAGAAAUUAUUCUAAUCCUAAUUUAAUCGAAUAUCACCCUUUAUUCUUGGCUCCGAAGUCUUUACAGUAUGAUUUCUUUAUGGCCUCCCCAAGACAUCCUUUUGUUUUAUCCCUUAUCAAAGAACUUUACGAAUCAAAUGUACCAGAAUCUUUGUUGAAUAGACAUCCCUUUCAAGGAGUUUCAGAGUUUUCAAACUUUAUGGCACUGAACGCUACGAAAAUGUAUGACAAGACAUAUAUCAUGAAAGAGUUUUAUCUUAAAGACAAGAGAAAAUUCGUGGAAUACAAUCCACAUAUCAUCGCUCUCCCUGACUAUACUUUUGCUAGUAGUUGGUCUCAUCCAUCGGACGUUGAAUCAUCAGACAUCUGUUUCCUUGACAAUGGUAUGUUUGAUCCUCAAUAUUGUGUGGAUAACGUCUUAAAUAUGAACGGAACUGAAUGGGGAAUUUUUUGGUUACCAGUUUACGAUCUUUUGGGAAUUUGAUUAUUGUCUUUCCUCUCUUUCUCUCUUAUAUACAUUUACGUUGUUUAUUUAUAGUCAUUACUAUCAGCCCUCAAAGACCUUUUCAUGGUUUGCAUCAUCCUCGUCAUCAUUUUUUCUUUUAUUAAUUUGGUUUGCCUUACAUUCGUUUUUAUUUCUGCCCCGUGAAUUACUGACAGCAGUUCUCUGCGUGUUUUUAUGCUCAGUUUUUACUUAUUUUCUUUAUGAAAUUUUUCACUGUUUUAUAUUUUCUUUUACGUUCUGAUUUUGAAUUUUGAAUUCAAGUUCAACUUUGAAGCUACGUUAAUAUAAAUAUUGAACAAUUUAAAUCUUACUUUUUUAUCGAGUUAUAAACGAACUUGACUUCCUUUGACUUGCUCUUUACAUACUUUCUUUUGUUUUACGCAGGUUAUUUUCAAUCAAGCUUGCUAGUCAAUUCAAACA